AGUACUUCGUUUGGCACAGUACUAUGCAACUAAGUUUGUUACAUUCUUUCGACUCCAGUCAUGAAUUCGUGUAGAAGAUGACACGCGGAUGGUUCCAACUUGUACUGUACAGGAUGUUUUGCCAACAGGGGCAGAAAUUAAGAUGCUACAGCUUGCGAUCUGAAUCGAAGGGGAAGGUGCAGGAAUGAAAGUGCGAUCUCAAUGGAACUGGCUGAGCAUCUCAGUCGGUACAAGUACAACAUCUGAAGCUGUUUUGGAUUUUGGAACUCGGAAAGGGUGAUUUUCUUCCCGGUUCUUACCGGACAUCGAUGAGGCGGCCGGUUUGCCAGAGCAAUUGCAGCAUCGUUGCAUACGCUCAGAUCGCAGUUCGUCGGCUCCUAUUCCUCCGUUCGUGCUUUCAGCCAAGCCGUUACUGAGAACAACUCAGGGGACCUGCGUCCUCUUUCCGAGCACCCUCUGCGUCCUGGCGGCUAUGGCAAGUUCGGCGCUGAAGAAUCUCGCCACCGGACGGCCCAACGGCAGAGAGGACAUCAUCCGCCUCUGCUCCACUGGUCGCGUCAAGGAGGCUCUCCACCGCCGCUUCCGCGAGGGCCUGUGGUCGGAACCUGGCCUCUUCUCCCACAUCUUCCGGGCAUGCCAAGCCCUCCCGCUCCUCCGCCAGCUGCACGCCUUCGCCGCCACGUCUGGCGCCGCCGCCGACCGGUUCACGGCGAAUCACCUCCUCCUAGCUUACGCCGACCUGGGCGACUUCCCCACCGCGCGCGGCCUGUUCGAGAGGAUUCCUAAGCGGAACGUCAUGUCCUGGAACAUCCUCAUCGGGGGAUACGUCAAGAACGGUGACCUGGAGACCGCGCGUAAGCUGUUCGACGAAAUGCCCGCGAGGAACGUGGCCACGUGGAAUGCCAUGGUCGCUGGGCUCACCAACUCGGGACUCAACGAGGAGAGCCUGGGGUUCUUCUUUGCCAUGCGGAGGGAGGGAAUGCAGCCCGAUGAGUAUGGCCUCGGGAGCUUGUUCCGGUGCUGUGCCGGGCUGAGGGACGUUGUGUCCGGGCGGCAGGUCCACGCGUACGUUGUGCGGUCUGGACUAGACAGGGACAUGUGCGUUGGGAGCUCCUUGGCACACAUGUAUAUGCGGUGUGGUUUUCUUCGAGAUGGGGAGGCUGCUCUCCGAGCAUUGCCUUCGCUUAACAUUGUGUCGUGCAAUACCACUAUCUCUGGAAGAACACAGAACGGAGACGCGGAAGGGGCACUCGAGUUUUUCUGCUUGAUGAGGGGUGCUGGUGUGGAAGCAAACGCAGUCACAUUCGUCAGCGCCGUUACUUCUUGCUCCGACUUGGCAGCUCUUGCACAAGGUCAGCAGAUUCACGCACUGGCUAUCAAAACUGGAGUUGACAAGGUUGUGCCAGUCAUGACUUCUCUUGUGCAUAUGUAUUCUCGAUGCGGGUGCUUAGGUGACUCAGAAAGGGUUUGCCUUGAGUAUAGUGGUACAGAUCUUGUCCUUUGCAGCGCGAUGAUCUCAGCUUAUGGAUUCCAUGGGCAUGGACAAAAGGCAGUUGGCCUGUUCAAACAGAUGAUGGCUGCAGGAGCAGAACCCAAUGAGGUUACCUUCUUGACCUUGCUAUAUGCAUGCAGCCAUAGUGGUCUUAAAGAUGAAGGCAUGAAUUGUUUUGAGCUUAUGACUAAGACUUAUGGACUGCAACCAAGUGUUAAACACUACACUUGUAUUGUGGAUCUCCUUGGACGUUCAGGUUGCUUAAAUGAGGCGGAGGACCUUAUCCUGUCAAUGCCUGUGCAACCUGAUGGGGUCAUAUGGAAGACACUACUGUCUGCAUGUAAGACCCAGAAAAAGUUCGACAUGGCUGAGAGGAUAGCAGAACGUGUCAUUGAAUUGGACCCUCAUGAUUCUGCCUCAUAUGUUCUUCUAUCAAAUAUUCGAGCUACCAGCAGCAGAUGGGAGGAUGUCAGUAAGGUAAGAGAAACCAUGAGGGAACAGAACGUGAGGAAAGAGCCUGGAGUUAGCUGGGUGGAGCUCAAGGGUCAGAUUCACCAAUUCUGCACCGGAGAUGAAUCCCAUUCAAGGCAAAGGGAGAUUGUUGAAUGCUUGGAAGAAAUGAUGACCAGGAUCAGGCAAUGUGGGUAUGCACCGGACAUGAGCAUGGUUUUCCAUGACAUGGAGGAUGAGGAGAAAGAAGUUAGUUUGGCUCACCACAGUGAGAAAUUGGCUAUAGCAUUUGCUUUUCUGAGCUUACCUGAAGGAGUUCCUAUUCGUGUUAUGAAGAAUCUACGUGUAUGUGAUGAUUGCCAUGUUGCUAUUAAGUUGAUGUCUAAGGUUAUUGGACGUGAGAUUGUGGUCCGAGAUGUUAGCCGUUUUCACCAUUUCAAAGAUGGAAAAUGCUCCUGUGGAGAUUAUUGGUGACAGUAGCGGAGUGCCAUGGAAAUACUUUUUUGCCUCAGUUGAGGGAACAAGACUUUUAACCCCUCCAUAGUAGUGUACCUGAGUGUAAUUGGGAUGCUAUUCUGAUGGCAGGCUUCUGGUUGCCAGAAAAAAACAGCAGAAUCAAUGCCAUACUUGAGAUUUGAGUCAGUUUGCUAGUUUGGUAACAUCUUCAUCAGAACCGAAUUUCUUGAUUUGUAGAAGUGGUCCAAAUACCUGACGAUCAUCAACUGACAAUGCUAAACAGUAGUUCACUAGUACUAAAGGAAGUCAAAGAUCCAAUCCAGCUUACCUCUUGCAUAAUUUUCAUUAUGUGAUUAACAAUCACCAGGACAGUUGCAGGGGAAAACUGAUCAACUAAAUCUUCACCAAGAUUGCCAAAGGCACUUUGACAACAAUUUCGGCACAUUUGUCUAAAACAUCAUUAACAAGAUUCCGAAGUUUCUCAGAGUGUUCUAUCAUAGAAUAUUUGUACUACCAUAAUACUACCCCCGUUCUCGAAUAUUUGUCGCCCGCUGGUUUAUUUUUUGAACUAAUCGGCGACAAAUAAAAAAGAACGGAGGGAGUAUAUAUUAUUAUCAUGGACCUGGCCCUAAGGUCCUCCUCUGUUCCUUUCCUCAUCUUCCUCCCCCCUCAAUCUCAUGUGCUUCCUCUUCUCUCAAUAACCUUGCUUCCUCUCUUGGUUGCUGGUACAGCCCUGCUCAAUCUACCCUGCUUGUAUUCGUCGCCUAGGCGGUCACCUAAUUAUUCUCAAUAAAGUUGGGGUAUGCCUUAAAUAAUAAAUCUCUGAGUGUUCAGUGCAAUGAACUGUUAAUUCAACUAAAGCAUCAGCUUUUAUGUUGAUGGUUUUCCAUGUCAGCUAGCCUCUAUUUACAACUAGGCUGCACUGGUCUAUUUGGAUUGUAGAAAAAUCUCUUCCACCAGUGAUUCGUCGGUGGAUUCAGCUCAAUUUUAUUGGAGGCAAUAGUUUUAGUAAAUUGUGCAAUACCUGAAGUCAAACUAGAGCAAUCUUAUGAAUAAUCAUGUUGUUGCUAUCAAAAUUAAAUAAAUUUAUCUAUGCUUAUUGGAGGUUGUUGAACAGUGAAUGAGUUAUCAUAGUUGGGCUUACUCAUGAUAUUGUUUACAUUCUUUCGAUUCAAUACAAACAGCACCGGAACCCACUUACGUAGUUAGUGUCCAUAUGAGCUACUAAUGUUUCAUUGUCUUCAGGAUGAACACCCUUUUCAGUUUUCACCCUAUCAGAGCUUGUUUAAAGUGAAGAGCGCAAGUCUGGGUUUUGUGAUCCCCACUAGAGGAUAAUGAAGGAACAUGUGCCUAUCAGGAGCUUAUGAAAGCAACCGAGAACUUUUUCAGAGAGUGAUAUGAUUGGAAGAGGUGAUUGUGUAACAUUUUACAUGGUCAUGAUGCCUGACGGCCGAGUACACCUAUUCGUGAAAAUAUUCCCCUCUGCUUUCACAGUAUCCUUUCAGACUCCAAUCACUCCAUGAAGGACAACAAUAUGCUACAAUGUGGGCAUACCAUUAAUCUAUAUGCCAAAUAAUGCAUAGGGCAACUAAACCUAUUGGUGGAAAUGAAAUAUCUAUCUGUGAUCUUGUUAUUAAGGUAAUUGGCAUGGUAAACAUUUUGAGUUCAGUGUAAUAACAGUAGCUUCUGAGUUCGACGGAUCGCAUUGUACUACGAUUUUUUUAUAUCUAGAAAACAAAAAUAUGAGACUUAUUUCAGCUAUA